AUGAUCCGAGCGCUACGGGUUGGCAACGCUGCUGAUAGUGUGAAUAACGUUGCGUUCUCGGUUCAGUCUUUCGACAAUAGCAAAGGAGUGCAGAUCGACGUUUUUACAAUGACAGCUGAAAAAUCUUGGUCUUUUGAAAAAGAUGAAAUGCUCAUCGAACUUGUCAAAAGAAAGCCUGGAAUUUAUGACCUACAGUCACAAUAUUAUAGUGACAACAAUUAUAUUAUAAAAAAAAAAACGUGGGACGAAAUAGAACGAGCAAUAGAACUAAACGGAAGCUGCUCCACUCGCAUCAACCCAAUCAACAUCGGGCCUGUUCGUAAAUUCAUCACUGCGUUGCAUCUGAUACGCAUCAUGUUCAUAAAUGCAAAAAUUGGCAACACUGCAACUCAUAAGUGGUCGAAAAUGCAACUAUGCAGUAUAUUGUGCGCAAAUAGCCGCAAAAUACAAAUCAUAAAAAUGGCUGAUGCAACAGAUGUAUUCGAUUUAGACGGGAAAAUGUGCAAGCUGUUGAUUUCAACCCGUUUGGAUAUGGAAACUGAUUUUGUGGCCGGAAGAAAAAAUAAGUCAGUGCUAUGGGGUCAGGUUUUAACAAAAAUAAAGGAGAAGUACCCGAGUUUCAACCUGACAAAAGAACAAAUCACCAGAAAAUUCCUAAAUUUGCGCACAACUUAUAAAAGAAUUAAAGCAAGAAACAAAGAGUCUGGAAGAGACGCUACGUCUUGGACAUUUUUUGAUGAUUUUGAUGAAAUUUAUGGUGGGCGACAUUCGAUUAACCCUCCCGUAGAAAAUCUGGUGUCUUCAAUAGAUGAAAAUGUAGGAAAUGCUUGUACACCUUCUGACGAUAUGCAAAGUUCUGGUGAUGACUCUCCCAUAUGUAGAAUUAAAAGACGAAGGACAAACACUGACAUUCUGCAAUAUCUAGAAGAUGAAUCUGGAAAGGAGCAAAAACGCCAUGAGGAAAAUCUUGCAAUAGAAGAGAGAAAACUACUCAUAGAAGAAAGACGUAUAAAUGCCAUGAUGGAAUUAAAGGAAGUGCUAGAAAAAGCAAUGGUGAAUAAAUAA